CCGCGGUGCUGUCGCGCCUACGAAGGACCUGCCCAACGUACGUCCCAAUUACGAGUGGGACUGUGGGCCUGCCCCGGCGCCGCCGCUCCUGCGCCCUCGACAACGAAAGGGAUUGACUGACGCUACUUGGAUUAAUUUGACGAUCUCCUAGGAGACUCGAAGUUAAAUUUCUAUAAACAAAUAAACUAGUUCUCUCUCAUUUGGAGCAAUGCUGAAGUUCCAAGAGGCUGCUAAGUGUGUGAGUGGACCAAUAGCCCUUUCUGCUUAUCCAAAGACCUUGAUUGCAAGAAGAUAUGUAGUUCAACAGAAACUUGGUAGUGGAAGUUUUGGAACUGUCUAUCUGGUCUCAGACAAGAAAGCAAAACAAGGAGAGGAAUUAAAAGUACUCAAGGAAAUCUCUGUGGGAGAACUCAAUCCAAAUGAGACUGUGCAGGCCAAUUUGGAGGCCCAGCUCCUUUCCAAGCUGGACCACCCAGCCAUUGUCAAGUUCCAUGCAAGCUUUGUGGAGCAAGAUAAUUUCUGCAUUAUCACAGAGUACUGUGAGGGCCGAGACCUGGACUGUAAAAUUCAGGAAUAUAAAGAAGCUGGAAAAACCUUUCCGGAAAGUCAGAUAAUCGAAUGGUUUAUCCAGCUGUUGCUAGGAGUUGACUACAUGCAUGAAAGGAAGAUACUUCAUCGAGACUUGAAAUCAAAGAAUAUAUUUCUGAAAAAUAAUCUGCUUAAAAUUGGGGAUUUUGGAGUUUCUCGACUCCUAAUGGGAUCCUGUGAUCUAGCCACCACUUUAACUGGAACUCCUCAUUACAUGAGUCCAGAGGCUCUGAAACACCAAGGUUACAACACAAAGUCGGACAUCUGGUCUCUGGCAUGCAUUUUAUAUGAGAUGUGCUGCAUGAACCAUGCGUUCACUGGCUCCAAUUUCUUGUCCAUUGUUUUAAAGAUUGUUGAAGGUGACACGCCUUCUCUCCCCCAGAGAUACCCAAGAGAACUGAAUACCAUCAUGGAACGCAUGUUGAACAAGAGUCCUUCAUUGAGACCAUCUGCUAUAGAAAUUUUAAAAAUCCCUUACAUUGAUGAACAACUACAGAUUAGAAAUUUUGAUGCAGAGAAUCUACCUCUGGUGCACCUGAUGUGUAGAUAUUCGGAGAUGACUCUGGAAGACAAGAAUUUGAAUUGUCAGGAGGAGGCUGCUCAGAUAAUUAAUGCCAUGCAAAAAAAGAUCCACCUGCAGACUCUGCGGGCGCUGUCUGAAGUGCAGAAAAUGACACCAAGAGAAAGGAUGCGGCUGAGGAAGCUCCAGGCAGCUGAUGAGAAGGCCAGGAAGCUGAAAAAGCUUGCAGAAGAAAAAUAUGAAGAAAAUAACAAACGAAUGCAGGAGUUGAGAUCUCGGAACUCUGAGCAGCUAACUAUUGAUGUUCUCCAUGAAUCUGAUGACCUGACUUCAGAGAACCUGCCUGAGUCUCAGCCCAUUCCUUCCUUGGAUCUUGGCCCACUUGAGUCAAGUAUAGAAGACACCAUAGCUGACCUUGGAGAUCAUGGUCUCACGGAGUUCUUCCAUUCUUUUUCCCAGUCUGACAUCCCAGAAGACCCGCUUGUGGCUGAAGAAUAUUAUGCUGAUGCAUUUGAUUCCUGUUCUGAAGAAAGUGAGGAGGAGGAAGAAGAAAUAGUGUUCUCAGGACCGGAGGAAGAGGUUAAGGAUGAAGGACCCCAGCCUGCUUACAGAACAAUCCAACAGGACAGUGAUAUUGAAGCACUGGUCAGGUGUUUGGAAAAUGUCCUCGGUUGCACCUCUCCAGAUGCGAGGACGAUCCCCAGCACGGCUCCAGACGUGUCCCCGGGACUAACAAUGUUCAACAGCACAGUGGCCGCGACCAAGAUGAAACACAUGAGGGAAUCAGCCAUGCAGAAGCUGGGAGCACAAGUGUUUGAGGAGGUCUAUAACUACCUCAAGACAGCAAGGCACCAGAAUGCCAGCGAAGCCGAGAUCCGGGCAGCUCUAGAAAAAGUGGUGCCUCAUGCCAGUGACUGUUUUGAAGUUGACCAGCUCCUGUACUUUGAGGAGCAAUUGCUGAUCACAAUGGGUAAAGGGCCCACACUCUGGAACCCACACCAACAACUGCCAAAAGCAAGCAAGUUCAAGGGGACAAAUCCAUUCAGCACAUAGCUGGACUCCGUUAUGGGAAAUGAGUACGUAGCUGGAGCUACCAUCUCUACUUUCAAUUCCUUAUCAAGAGGAGGGAGUCCUUUAGAGAGUAGUAAACAUAUCUGCCUGUACCUGGAACCCCGGGCCAGUUGGUGUUUGGUCUACACUCUGAGGUGAGCUUCUGGACCAAGCGUGGCUUGCUGAACAGCAUUCCCGCACUCGUGCCCUCAGGGCUUCCAGAGGGUUGGACCUCCCCGUGAUGGCCUGGAGAAUCAUCUACUCUUUACCAUUUCCACUUGGAGGACAGGCUCGGUGCCUGUCUGCUUUGAGUCACAGUGUUCUGUGGCCAGCUGGCUCCUGAAGGUCGCUGAACACUGGCCUCCGACACACGGAGCUGCUAACCAGGAGUCACAAAUAUUUGUUUCAGGUGACCCAUUUUGGGUCCACUUUUGCCCUUUCCUGGCUAACAAGCAAGAUGUGCAUAUAUAUAAGGACCUGGACUAAAAAUCCAAAAAGCAAUUCUCUUCUGUGAUUUAUUCUCCAAGCUCAUCCAUGGAGUAUUCAAGACAUUUAUUCUAAUAAAUAUAUUUCCCAUGGUUAUAAAGUAAAUCACCUAUUUUAUCUUUUCCUUAUCUAGAAGUAUAUUGAUGAAUGUAACACAUCUAUGUAAUAAUUAUUCCCCAGAGCAGCUAACAUUGGAUUUAUUUGGUGCCUGUCACGUGCCAGUGCUGUGCUCUGAGCUUCCAAGUUUAAGGACCUACGUCAUUGGAUCUUUUCACUGAUGAGGGAGACAGGGAGAGAGAGGAGACAUUAUCCCCCUCUUUUAGCUGAUGUGCUUAUUUACUCAGUUACCAGAGCUGAGCUGAGCUGUCACCCCAGGUCUCUCCGAUGCCACCACCCAUGCUCUUAACCGCUACGCAUGUGGGUUUUCAACCAAGAGGCUACAUCAGACUUGCUUGAGGAGCUUCUGAAACAUGCACAUGUGUAAACAUAGUGUUAGAGAAUUAUUCUGACACUUGUCAAAACAGUAGAGAAGACUUUAUUCAGAACUAUUGCAAUAGGGGAGAGAGACAGGGCUCAACUCCAAACAUAGCACAGAAAGCUGGAGAUUUAUAACCAGGGAUAGGAUGGGGCACAGCAGGACUCUGGGGAUAUAAAGUUACUAGGAGAAGACAUCUAGAGUAGGGGAGACUUUUGUCACAUUGACUUAACAGGACUCUUGCUGAAGACAGGCUGGGGUGAUCAGAUAUCAAGGGUGGUGAUUCUCAAUAAACUGACUUGACAGGAUUCCUGCUCAGCUGGACUCAGCAGCCUGAAGAUAGGGCCCAGGUGGAGGCCUAGCCAAAAGAGUGCUCAGAGGAGCCUGUCUGAAUUUCAGUCAAACAGAGAACCUUUGGCCAUCUCCAGCCCCACACCCUCCUUUCUCUGGGUAGGUACGUGGCCCAAGCACGUCUCUGUUACAUAACUCCCUGGUGAAUCUGAUGCACAGAUUAUAUAGUGUUCAGUGUCCGCCCUCUGCUAACAGUUGAAGAAACUGAGGCAGAGAGGCCUGUGGCCUUACCCACCUGUUGUCCACAUGCCGCGCCCCCAGCACGAUGCAGUGCCUUUUAGACUAGUCGGUGUUUCUCAAAUUUGAGCAUCAGGAUCACCAGGAGGGCUUGUUAAAACACAGAUGACAGGGCCCACCCCCAGCAUUUCUGGUUCAGUAGGUCUGGGUGGACGCUGAGAAUUUGCAUUUCUCACAAGUUGCCAGGUGAUGUUGACGCUCCUGGUGUGAGAACCACACUCAGACCCUUCUUCCUGUUGUGUCCCCUGUCUUUAUUUGGAGCAGCACUCUGGCCUGCUCUCCUUGGGGCUAAUUCAUCUCACGAACAUUUCUGAAGGUCGUGUGAGGACUGGGAAGAAGGGCCCAAACACUUCAGAUGCCCCGCAGUGAAUACUCUGAAGAGGCAGCGUUUGGGAGAGAAAAGGUCAAAGUGUGACUAGGCUUUGGGGAAUCUGAUGGGGUCAGUUCAAGGACAAGGGAGCACGGCCACUGUGCUCUAGGUCCCAUUCCCACCUCUGUCCAGCAGCCGAACGAACCACGGGGUACCUAAGUGAACCUCUGCCAUGCUCAAGGGCUUGUGAACAUCACUCCUCUGUGUUCCCUCAACUCCCAACUUCACACUGUGGAGGGGUGUUGGGGCCGGCACAGAUCUUCACUCUGCCUCUUCCCAGAGUUGAUGGUGCCCAUCCCCACCCCUGCAUGCUGUGCAGUUGUUCCUGGUUGGCCGGUGACAGUCAUGUUGCUUAUCUCACAGCUCCUGUGUCUGGGACAGGAAAAAUAGGCCUCAAGCAUGGGCUCCUUCCUGGAGGCGGAAUCUGAGACUUUGCAGAAUUCUGAACUUGAUAUGUUGUUCAAGCCAAAAUCCAGAACCUGUGACCAUUGCUAGCAUAGAACACUGAAGAUCAGGUUUGCCCUGGAAAACCCGGGACAUUGCCAUCAUGGUAACAAGGAGGAAAACUCACCCCCGAGAAGAGCUCCUUGAAGCUCCCGUAUCCUUUUAUGACCAACCUGAUUUCAAAUGGAUCUAGAAGAAGGAGACAGUAGUAGCAACUUAUACAAGUUAAUAAAAGUUUCAGAAUCUUUUUACUAAUGGUUUUCAUAACAUCAGAACAGAAUACUUGUGUGAGUUGCUGGGUCAGAAUAAGAAAUAGCCAGAUUUCAAGUAGCCUCUACCAUCUCUCACCGAUGAAUGUGCCCAGGGAACAGUAGCCUGGGUUUAAGAACAUGUUGUUAGGGUCAUAGCUCUACCCUAUAGGCUCUGUGGCUGGAGCCUACAAGUUGAACUGACAAAAAAAAAACCAGAUUGACAGCAGAAAAAGCAUACAAAUUUUAUUUGAUGUUAAUAUUUUUACAUGGCAGAAGGGGGCUUUCCAGGAAGAAGUGAAAACCUCAAAGCUCUGAGAGCUUAUAUACCAUUUUGACAAGAGGAAUCAAUUUGUAGAGAAGUAACAAGACAAAGGAAGGGGAUUUAAGCUCCUAAGGGAGGCAAAUUGUGGGACAGUAACGAGGAAAUAUAUGGGGGAAACUAAUGGAAGAUAAAGGUCAUUUUAGUAGGUUUGUUUGUACAGAUCCUUCUCAGGGUUGACACGCCAUCUCCAAUGAUAAGAAUGGGCUUUUCUGGCUCAUGGAGGGCACUUUUCUCCUAGGAAAUGUAUGGUUUUAGGCAGGAAGGGGAAGGCACAAAGCUUUUCCUGCAUCUGCUGUUUCUCACUCGCUUUCAGCUCAAAAUAAUCCUUAUGCCAAAACGGCUUAUUUUGGGGGUGGUAUAUCCUGGCCCCCAACAAUGUUUAGAAAGAUCG